CUGCGCAAUAUCCAGUUAUCAUUCUGGUGUUCAUUCUUCUUGAUUCUCAGGACAGCCUCUUCAGACAUUAUAGACCGCGCCCAUAAUGCCGCGCGCAGAGGCUGGAAGCACAAAGGCCAUCGCCAACAAAAUCAAGUCGAAAGGCUUAGGCAGACUCAGAUGGUAUUGUCAAGCCUGCCAAAAGCAAAAUCGCGAUGCCAAUGGUUUCAAGUGUCAUAUCCAGAGUGAAAGUCAUGUGCGCCAGGUGCUGCUGAUCGGCGAAGACCCCAAGAAAUACAUCGAAGAUUAUAGCAGGGAGUUUCUUAGCAACUUCCUGAAUUUGCUCAGGACUGGCCACGGCGAGAAGAAGGUCCAUAUCAACCAGUUCUACCAGCAGGUCAUCGCCGAUAAGGAGCAUAUCCACAUGAACGCCACGAAAUGGAAGAGUCUUACACAGUUCGCAGCAUACCUGGGUCGCGAGGGACUUUGUCGCGUGGAAGAAACCGAGAAGGGUCUGUUUGUUUCUUAUAUCGACCGGAGCCCGGAGGCUAUGAGACGGCAAGAGGCGCUUCUCAAAAAGGAACGUCAGGACCGAGGAGAUGAGGAAUUGGAACAGAAGCAGCUACAGGAACAGAUCAGGCGCGCCCAGCAGACUGCUAAGGAGGAAGAAGUGGACCCCGAAGCUCGGAAACUACAACGCAAGGAGGGUGAGAAGGUGAAGCUGAACAUCGGUUUCGGAUCGAAGACAACUAGUGAUUCGAAAAGUGAAUCGCCAAAGCCCGCGUCGGAGGAGAAAGAUGGCGCGUCGACUACGCCCGAAACUACUGCCGAUUCGCCUGCACCUGCUCCUGCACCCGCUUCCGCCCCCGCUCCACCACAGGCAGCGCCCAAGUUGUCCUUGUCGCUCGGCGGUGGUGCGAACAAGCCGAAGAACGUUUUUGCUGCGGCUGCGAAGAAGAAUCCGCUUGCUGGGAAGAAAGGACCAGUUCUGGAACAACCCAAGAAGAUGACGGAGCAGGAGCGCAUUAUGAAGCAAGAGAUGGAGGCCAUGGAGCGGAAGCGUAUGCGUGGCCCGUCUGGGUUUCCUGAUGCUAAGCGUCCGAGGGUGUCUUGAAGUGUUGCAAACAGCAUGAGUGGGGUAUAAUGACUUCACGACCAUCAUCCGCUUCGGUGUCGCUCCGCCAGUGAUGUCGAUUUAUUUCUAGCCAGCAGUUUCAUCUACGGCAUUAGAAGCCAUGCUGUCUUAUAUACCAGGCUUCUGGCUCACGCCUGCGGUUUCGCAAUAUUCGCAUAUGCCGUUGGACAUGCUUUGCGGUGACCCUUUGAUUUGGAACCGAUUCCAAUUUAUGACUGUGAUGCUUUGGCGCCUGUGUAUUGCAGAGACGGUGCUGUCUGGGUUAGUUACCUUGCUGGUCGUCUUCGAUGGACUUGUGACUACAUAUUGUUGGGUAUAUCAUCAGCUAUAGACGAAUAUACGACAGACAGUCUAUGUGUGUCUUCGAGACACGACUAUCUUUUUUGUAUGGAGUAGAAUCGGUAACUAUGCUCUUGGUGGGUCAAUUCCGUGUUGUACUGUG